AUGACGCCGCCAUUGCUGUCAAAGCCAGUAGCCGACGAGCCAUUACAGCUAUAUGUCGCCGUCAGCGAGUCAUCGGUAAGUGCCGUCCUAGCCAGAGAAGGACAAGACGGACAAUUGCCAGUGUACUAUGUAAGUAAGUCCUUGGUCGACGCCGAAACCAGGUAUUCCUCUCUUGAAAAACUUGUCCUGGCAAUCGUAACGGCGUCCAAAAAAUUAAAACAUUAUUUUGAAGCACAUUCUAUCUGUGUCAAAACUAACUAUCCCGUCAAGUCUAUUCUAAGGCAUCCAGAACUAACGGGCAGAAUGAGCAAGUGGGCAAUAACGUUGAGCAGCUAUGACAUUACUUAUCAACCUCGGACAGCAAUAAAGUCGCAAGCAUUAGCGGAUUUUGUGGCUGACUUUAGCCCUACACUAGAAGCAAUAGCCCAAACAGAGGUAAGUAUGCUUGAGGUUAAUACGACUAACAGUAAAUGGAUCUUGCAUGUAGAUGGAUCUUCCAACUUUCGGGGUGCCGGUUUAGGCGUAUUGCUAAAGUCGCCACAAGGGGACAUCAUAGCCCGAGCUAUCAGUUGCGACUUCAAAGCUACCAACAAUGAGGCAGAGUACGAGGCGUUGUUAGCAGGAUUAACAUUGGCUAAAGACUUAAAAGCUACCGAAGUUAAAGCAUAUAGUGAUUCAUUGCUCAUCGUCAGCCAAAUAAAAGGGGAAUUUGCCGCCAAAGACUCCAAAAUGACGGCAUAUUUGGACGCUGUCCAGUCAAAGGUAAAAUUGUUUGACAAAUUUGACAUCUUUCAGAUUCCCAGGGACCAAAACACGCAAGCAGAUGCAUUGGCAAACAUUGGGUUCAAAAGCAUACCUAUAGUACAUCUGUCAGCGCCAGCGGUCCACAAAACAACCACAGCUGAUAAAGUCAACGACGUCGCGACGGACGUUAACGACAUUGACGUCAGUAAUAUUGCUACUGCAUCAACAAGCUGGCAGACCCCGUUCAUCCAAUAUCUUAAGGAUGGCACCCUCCCCGAAGACAGGCUGCAAGCCAGAAAGGUACGAUUCAGGGCUUCUAUGUAUGUUUUACUUGACGGUAUACUCUUUCGGAAGUCCAUUGCAGGACCAUACCUAAGAUGUCUCGACGGCGACGAAUGCCGGCAAGUGUUACAAGAGAUGCACGACGGAUGUUGCGGCAAUCAUUCGGAGGACGCAGCCUGUCAAACAGGACCUUACGCAUGGGAUAUUAUUGGCCGACGUUGCGUCGAGACGCCGUCGAGUAUGCUAAGAAGUGCGACGCCUGCCAGCGACAUGCCGCCAUGUCACACAAACCUGAGAAAGGCUACACCCUACUAUCACCCCUUGGCCCUUCAUGAGGUGGGGAAUGGACAUCGUCGGAAAACUCCUCAAGCACCGGGGCAAAAGGUGUUCAUGUUAGCUCUGACGGAUUAUUUUUCCAAAUGGAUCGAAGCUGACUCCUUCACCCAGGUACGCGAUAAAGAGGUUAUUACUUUUAUAUGGCGUAACAUCAUAUGCAGGUUCGGCGUCCCUUCUGAAAUCAUCUGUGACAACGGUUCUCAAUUCAUAAGCACGCCCACGAGGAAUUUCUUGGCUAAGUGGAACAUACAACUUAGCACCGCGACGCCUAGGUAUCCUCAGACCAACGGUCAAGCUGAGUCUAGUAACAAGUCAGUCCUCAAAGUCAUCAAGAGGCGUCUCAAAGCAGCCAAAGGAACGAGUAGAAGUCAAGUGGCGCCGUCAGUUUCAGUGUUGACGCCAGAAUCUGCUGUCGCCAUAACAUCGGCGUUGCCCUCGCCUUCAGGAAUCAAAUCUUCUGGCGUCCCAACACCUCUAGGAAUUCUGGAUGUCUGCCUCUGGCGUCCACUUCGACGUCUGUCCCUCUAA